AUGGGCUCCCUCGACACCACUCCGGUUAUGAAAGUCGAAAAAUUUACCUUGGAUGAUAUUCCCGAUGCCAUCGCUAUGAAUUAUGCCGCGUUCCAGGGUGAGGAAUCGCAGAAGAUGAUGCCGGACACCGUUGGAGCUCGGCAAUGGUGGAUCGACGUCUACCGACAUGACUAUUUGAACAGGCAGCAGCACUCGCACUUCAUCAAAGUCGUGGAGACUUCUGGAGGUGCCAUGGUUGCCUAUGCGCGCUGGGACCGAGCCAGCCUUGAAGAGCGUGGUCCACGGUAUCCCGCAUGGCAUGCAGAUAUGGAUCACACAGCGUGCGAUCUAUUCAUGGAGCAGUCCGACGGGACCAGAAGACGGCUGAUGGGCACGGAGCCUCAUUACUUUCUGGACACGGUCGUCACUCACCCGGCUUACCAGGGCAAAGGAGCCGGAUCGAUGCUGGUGAAAUGGGGUUGUGAUCUGGCCGACCAGGAGGGAGUCGCGGUGUAUGUAGAUGCUUCUGAUGUCGGGGCAUCGUUGUACCAGAGAUUCGGUUUCGAAGCUCGUCAAGCACCGGGCAACGAAUACGCGGUUUUGGUCCGAAAGGCCAGAUCGGCUUGA